AUGGAUCUCCGGAACACGCUGGUGUCGGUGCUUUGGAUUUUAUUGCUGAUCCGAGUGGAAGACUGUCACGCAGAGGAAGUGGUGCUGCUGAACUCUAAAGAGACUCAGGCUGAGCUCGGCUGGACGUCAUACCCCCCCAAUGGAUGGGAGGAGAUAAGCGGCGUGGAUGAGAAGUACAAACCCAUCCGCACGUACCAGGUGUGCAACGUGAUGGAGCCCACGCAGCAGAACAACUGGCUGCAGACCGGCUGGGUGACGCGCCGCGGCGGCCAGCGCAUCUUCGUGGAGCUGCAGUUCACGUUGAGGGACUGCAACAGCAUCCCGGGCGUAGCGGGAACCUGCAAGGAGACGUUCAACCUCCUGUACGUGGAGACGGACCGAGACCUCGGGGGGGUGACCCGCGAGGACCGCUACACCAAGAUCGACACCAUCGCCGCCGACGAGAGCUUCACGCAGGGCGACCUGGGCGAGAGGAAGAUGAAGCUGAACACUGAGGUGCGCGAGAUCGGUCACCUGAACCGGAAGGGCUUCCACCUGGCGUUCCAGGACGUGGGCGCCUGCGUGGCCCUGGUGGCGGUGCGGGUGUACUACAAGCGCUGCCUCGCCACCGUGCAGAACCUGGCAGUGUUUCCCGACACGGUGGCCGAGGCGGCCUUCGCCACGCUGGUGGAGGUGCGCGGCGCCUGCGUCAACAACUCUGAGGUGGACACAGACAGCCCUCCCAGGAUGCAUUGCAGCGCCGAGGGGGAAUGGCUGGUGCCCAUCGGGAAGUGCAGCUGCAGCGCCGGCUACGAGGAGGGACACAGCAGCUGUGAAGCGUGUCCGCCCGGAGCCUACAAGAUGUCCUCCAGGCAGCAGGAGUGUUUCCCCUGCCCGGCCCACAGCGUGUCGGAGGAGGAGGGGUCCGUGGUGUGUGUGUGUGAGGAGGACCACUUCAGGACUCCCCUGGACACUCCCUCAGCCCCCUGCACACGGCCCCCCUCCCCUCCCAGAGACCUGGUCUACAGCUUGAAGCAGUCCACGCUCAUCCUGGAGUGGGCGGCGCCGUCGGACACGGGCGGCCGGCUGGACCUGACCUACAGCGUGGGGUGCCGGAGGUGUCUCGGGAGGCAGUGCGAGCCGUGCGGGCCGAGCGUCGGCUUCGUGCCUCAGCAGGUCGGCCUGACGGAGAGGACGGUGACCGUGGUCAAUCUCCUCCCCAACACCAACUACACCUUCACUGUGGAGGCCUUGAACGGAGUGUCGGAGCUGCUGCCCAACAAGAGGUUCUACACGCAGGUCAACGUGUCAACCAGCCUUCCUGCCCGGUCUCUGAUCAGCGAGCUGCGGGCGGAGAAGAUCGAGCAGAAGAGUAUAACUUUGGUUUGGAGGGAGCCGAUCUACCCAAACAGCAGCCGCACCGAGUACGAGGUCAAGUACUACGAGAAGGAACAAAAGGAUCAGAGUUAUUCUACCAUGAAGACGGCCGCCACACGGAUCAGUGUCAACAACCUCAAACCCGGCACCACAUACGUCUUCCUCAUCCGCCCUCUGUCCACGCCGGCCUCCUCCUCCUCCCUGUCCUCCUCGCCGCUGUCCUCAUCUUCGUCCUCUACUUCCUCCUCCUCUUCUUCAUCCUCCUCCUCCUCCUCAUCCUCCUCCCCGCCACCCAUGGACUACGGGGCGUACAGCGCUCCCCUGGAGCUGCAGACACUUGGCGAGUUGGCCCUGGCCUCCAGCGAACAGAACCCAGUGGUGAUCAUUGUUGUCGUGUCUGUGGCUGCCCUCAUCAUGCUGCUCUCCAUGGGAGUGGGACUGCUCAUCUGGAGGAGACAAUGUGGCUACAGCAAAGCUUCUCAGGAGGGAGACGAGGAACUUUACUUCCAGUUUAAGAUCCCGACGCGGAGGACCUACAUCGACCCGGAGACGUGUGAAGACCUGCUGCAGGCCGUCCACGCCUUCGCCAAGGAGCUGGACAACUCCAGCAUCAAGAUCGAGAGAAUCAUGCACACAGGUGACUUUGGGGAGGUGUGCCGUGGCUGCUUGAAGCUGCCCAGUAAGAGAGAGCUGCCCGUGGCCAUCAAGACGUUGAGGGCCGGAUGCUCGGAAAAACAGCGGCGCUCCUUCCUCAGCGAGGCCGGGAUCCUGGGGCAGUUCGACCACUCCAACAUCAUACGACUGGAAGGGGUCAUCACCACCGGUAACACCAUGAUGAUCAUAGUGGAGAGCAUGUCCAACGGAUCCUUAGAUUCCUUCCUGAGGAAACACGAAGGCCAGCUGAGUGUAAUGCAGCUGAUGGAUAUACUGACCGGGGUGGCAUCAGGGAUGAAGUACCUCACCGAAAUGGGCUUCGUCCACAAACGGCUGGCCGCACACAAGGUGCUGGUGAACGCCAACCUGAACUGCAAGGUGUCCGGCUUCAGACCUCUACAGGAGGACAAGAUAGAGGCCAUCUACACCACACUGCACGGAGGGAAGAGCGUGGUGCUGUGGACCGCUCCGGAGGCCAUCCAGUACCACCGCUUCUCCUCCGCCUCAGAUGUCUGGAGCUUUGGCAUCGUCAUGUGGGAGGUCAUGUCCUACGGAGAGAGACCCUACUGGGAUAUGGGCAACCAGGAUGUGAUCAAGGCCAUCGAGGACGGCUUCAGGCUGCCGGCUCCAGUGAGCUGUCCCACACAUCUUCAUCAGCUGAUGCUGGACUGUUGGCAGAAGGAGAGGACGGAGCGGCCCAACUUCAGCCAGAUCCACUCGGCCCUCAGCAAGAGCAUCCGCUCCCCCGACGGCAUCGGCUCCUCCACCCUGGCACGCAGGACCCUCAGUUCAUCCAUCACGUUAGCAGAAAGACCUCUCCCCUCCUUCCCGUCCUUUAACUCGGUGGGAGAGUGGCUGGACGCAGUGGACAUGGGGCGCUACAAGGACAAUUUCACUGCGGCUGGAUACUGCUACUUGGAGUCUGUGGCACGAAUGACUGUACAAGACGUGCUGAGCCUGGGCGUCACGUCCCUGGAGCACCAGAAGCUGAUCCUGACGGCCAUCCAGACCCUCCGAGCCCAGGUGAUCCAGAUGCACGGCCGGGGGGUGCAGGUCUGA